ACGAAAAAACAAAACAAACUUUCUUUAUUAUCUCAAAACCAUUUUUCCAAUUCAAAUCCAUAAAUACAAAAAUCAAAAUUCACAAUACCACAAAUCCUAUCUUUCUCCUCUCAAUCUUUCUUCUUUCUCUAAAAAUAAAAAAUAAAAAGCCAAUUUUUCUUCUUUUUUUUUUUUUUUUCCUAAAAACACCAGUUAAGCUCUUUUUCUGCUAAUUUCAGCUCCCUAAUCUUUAUAAUUAAGCUAAAACCCAAGUUUCUGUAGAUUAAAUCUCACUGUAAAAUUUAUCUUCUAGCUCCUGCUUAGCUCCUCAAAACCCAGAAAUUUCUUUCUUUUUUUCGUUUUUGUGUGUGUUUUUUAAGAUUACUAUUUUUUUUUCUUUACUCUGUCUUCUGUGUUCUAAAUUUUAAGCUUGUUUUACUAACAGUGCUUGGAUUUUUCUGUUAUUUUUUUUUCUCAAAAAUUGAACUUUGUUUUAGAUGAUUUAAGCUGAAAACAAAAUGGUGUUUUAGUAACAGUUUAGAAAAUAAAAUCUAUAGGGUUUAAGCAUGCAAGCAAGAGAAACUGUUAGUAGUAGCAGUGGAGGUGGGGUUACAGUGGUGGGAUCCGAUGUUCCUUCCGACUACCAAAUCGCUCCAAGGUCGGCUGACAACCCUAGCCCUGCCACUGGAUCAGCUCCAACCCCUCCGUCGCAACCGGCGGUGGCUCCUCCGCCGUCCACGGCGGCGAAUCCGGCGAUGCCAUUGAAGAAAAAGCGAGGAAGGCCAAGAAAGUAUGGUCCUGAUGGUAGUGUCACGAUGGCACUGUCCCCGAAGCCGAUAUCGUCGGCGGCUCCUGCACCUCCGGUGAUCGAUUUCUCUGCUGAGAAACAAAGGAAAACAAAGCCAGUGAGCAAGACCAAGUACGAGCUAGAGAAUUUAGGUGAAUGGGUUGCAUGCUCGGUUGGUGCUAAUUUUACUCCCCAUAUCAUCACUGUUAAUGCUGGAGAGGAUGUCACAAUGAAGAUCAUAUCAUUUUCUCAACAAGGUCCUCGAGCUAUAUGCGUCCUUUCUGCAAAUGGUGUGAUCUCAAGUGUAACACUUCGUCAGCCUGAUUCCUCUGGGGGCACACUAACGUAUGAGGGUCGCUUUGAGAUAUUGUCUUUAUCUGGUUCAUUUAUGCCCACUGAAAGUGGAGGAACAAGAAGCAGAUCUGGUGGGAUGAGUGUGUCGUUGGCAAGUCCAGAUGGACGAGUCGUAGGUGGUGGAGUUGCAGGUCUAUUGGUGGCUGCAAGUCCUGUGCAGGUUGUAGUAGGCAGUUUUCUGGCAGGGAACCAGCACGAGCAGAAACCAAAGAAGCAGAAACCUGACGCCAUAUCAACUAUCACACCGACAGCUGCUAUUCCCAUUUCUACAGCUGAUCCUAAAUCAAACCUCUCACCUUCCUCAUACCGUGGAGAUAGUUGGUCUUCUCUGCCGGCAGAUUCAAGGAAUAAGCCAACUGACAUUAAUGUGUCUUUGCCGGCAGGUUAAAUUACUUAACCUCACUGGCGCAUUGAGAGAUUUGUCACUGAUGACAAUGGCUGUCGACUUCCUGCGUAGAGUCUCACCUUCCUGUGUUGUCUGUAAAACCCCCUCAUUGACUAUUUUAUCAGUACUGGCAUGUUUGUUUUACCCCAUUUUUUUUUUCUUCCGAGUAGAGUUUUGUUAGCCAAUUAGGUAGGCACCUGCUGCUGUUAUGUCAUGUAGAAUAUUUAAUGUAAUAGUUACACCUCGAGUUGCCCUUCUUCGGAUUGGUGUAUUGUGUCUGAAAAUUUGUUGUUGUUUCUAACAUUUCGUCAGCUCUAUUUUCUACUUUCUUAUUUGUAGGA